AAUAAGGAAGACGAGCGUACUCUUACUAGUUUGGCGGUGGGAGGGGGAGGGGAGGAGAGAGAGAAAGAGAGAGGCUGAAACACUUACCUUAACCCUACGGCAACCCUAAGGCGGCGCCAGCCGAUCGGAACGCAUGGAAGAACAGGAGGAGGGCCUCCCGCCGCUAUCCGACGCGUCCUCCAGCUGGAAAUCCUCGGCCGACGGCGCCUCCAUCUCGAUCGCCUCCCUCCGCGACCUCUGCGUCGGGGAGGGCCUCGACUGGGGCCUGCCCGGCGGGAUCGGGGACGGACUCCCGCCAGCGUUCGAUCUGCCGUCAUGGGUGACGGAGGAGCCGAGAUCCAGCGACGCAGCCGCGGCAGUGGCGGCGUCGAGCUCGAGCGACGAGCGUCCCGGCGGGAAGCCCGCCGAGAAAGCGAACACAAGUGCCGAAAGGGUGCAAAAGGGAACUCGUCAACCGAGGUUUGCAUUCAUGACCAAGUCUGAAGUGGAUCACCUGGAAGAUGGCUAUCGGUGGAGAAAGUACGGACAGAAAGUCGUCAAGAACAGCCCAUUUCCGAGGAGUUACUACCGGUGCACACACAGCAAGUGCAAUGUAAAGAAGAGAGUCGAGCGCUGUUCGCAAGAUCCCAGCAUCGUCAUCACCACCUACGAAGGCCAACACUGUCACCACACCGUCUCCGCCUCCCCUCGCACCGACGCGUCGCCAUCUCAACAGCUUGCCUCAUCGGCACCGCAGAUUUGUCUGCCGGCGAUGCAGUUCCAUCGGAACCCUCCCGUGAUUCCUGUCAUCCGUCCAGGCCAAGUAAUCGGUCCACGGUACGAGGAGCGAACGCCGAUGGCGAUGGAGAGAACCUCGCCGGCUCCCACGGACGAAGGCCUGCUAGAUGACGUCGUGCCAUCUGGAAUGAGAAGGAGAUGACGAAAGUAAUCUGGUAUCGAAACUUUAAACUUGCUUAUGGUAUACAUGUUUAUGUUCUGCUACAACACAUCACCGAUAGUAUCCUCAUUAUUCUGCAUAAAUCUAAAGCAGCAAAUCCAUGAUGAAAGAUGCAUGAGUUUAGGAACUCGUUGUGGCAACAUGGACAUUUUACUCGAUCUACAUGAAAUCUUAUUCACUAUGUGUAGACUCUUUAAUGUCACAAGCUGAUCACCUUUUCUAUCUAUCUAUCUAUCUAUGUUCGUCCUCAUAAGUUUGCUUCUCUUCGUGGCAACGAUCUUUCUUGCAGGUUCUUCGGAAGAAAUCGAAGCAUGGAAAUAUAUAUAUUCAUCUACGUGGCUCCUCUUUCGGUUGUUAGACUUACUAAUCAUUUGUAGCUCUUCUCAUUUAAUUUCUAGAUCUUCUUCUGUUGUUGUAAGAGUUCAUGUCGGAGAAAAAGAGAACUCAUAGCUAUUCAUGGGAAGAACGAGAUCUCAACCUCUUUGUUUCCUACCUCGUUCGUCUCCGGUCCUGCGGCACCUGAGAAGAGAAAGAAGGUAAACAACCGCGUUCUGAAUGAUGACGGCGACUUCUCUUGUCUUGUCUCAUCGGUUUCUUUCCUUUCUCCUCUCUCUCAGAGGCGUUUUGAACUGGACCUAAAGGUCAGAUAAAAGUGAGAGUGAGAGAGAGAGAGAGAAAAGAAUACGCUGGCUUCCUCGGGAACAGGAACUGUCCUUCGUGGAAGAGUUGUACGUCAGAACCAAUUUGCAUGGCAUGCACGUCAUGUGCCCUUUUGAAGAGCCAAUAGAGAUCUGUAGCAGAACACAGGGAAUUGGGGCCUUUUGCCUCUCUAUUCUCUCUCUUCCUUUUAGCUUCAGUUACAUUACAUGAAACCUAGAUAGAUAUAAAGAACAAUAAAUAUAGCACCUACAUUUGGUCCGAUCUAGCUCACAGUCAUAUGGGACGAUUAAUGACGUGACCAAUUCAUCAUUUCUUCAAACGAGAUAUUUUCUGA